GGUCCAAGAUCUCCAGUUCCGUCAGAUCAGGCCCAGGAGAAGUCUCGUCGACUGGUUCUGUCCAUCUCCUCCAGGAGGGAGGAGUUUCGACUUCCAUUCGAACCAAGUUCAAAAGCAGGCGGCGGAGGUGGACGGUACACACCGUCUCGGUCCUCCUCCUCCUCCUUCGCCAUGCUAAAAAACCCUUCGCGGGCUUGGCUUGAAUCUUGAACGAACCUCCUGCAUCGCAGCACUGUUCAGCCAUGGCGAAAUCGCUCUCUCUCACCCACAAAUCCCUCAUCUUCCUCCGCCCAAUCGUGUCUCCUACCCCCUCUCCGCCCUCUCUCUGUAUCCCCAACACGGCCGUUCUCGCUCUCUCGUCUUCCUCGUCGUCCUCGUUUCCCUCCGCGCUGCCCCAUUUCUUCUCCACCACCUCCACCCCCUACCCUCUCCAGUACGACCUCAUCGUCAACCGCCCAACUCAGUCCUCGCUCGCCAGGACUCGCCCCCGGCUCGGCAGGCCCGGCGACGAGAGCUGCGCCCCCGAGACGGACGCCUCCGAAAAGCCCGACGUCGAGCUCGGGUUUGACGACUGGGCGGACCGGAAGCUCUCGCCGGAGGCAAAUUCCGAGAUGGACAAGUCCAAGAGGAAGUAUUACAGCAAGAGGUUGAAGAGGAUGUACGGGUCUGAUUCUGAGGACGAGAGGCGGCGGAGUGAGGCGGAGGGUGGGUUUGUGGAGUUGAAGCCUGAGGUGGCGGAGUUUCAUAGGUUGCACAAGAGAGAGGAGGAGUUGUACUUCUACGAUGCGUUCGCUUAUCCUUGGGAGAAGGACAAGCAUUACAAGAUGGUGUAUCAGCUGGAGAAGAAGUAUUUCCCCGAACAUUGCCUCGAUAAGGCGUUCGUCGAGCCUGGAGAGAGUGCUGGGUCGAAGGGAAAUGCGGAAGCCAAAGGGAAGAAGGAUAAGAGGAGGGUGAAUGAGGGUAAGGAAAAAAUGGAGGAUAAGAGGUUGGUGUUCUUUGAGGAGGAGAAGAAGGAUGGCGAUGAUUUGACGAGGGACGCUGGGAAGAAGGAUGUGAUGGAGAAGAAGGUUGAGGAGUUCUUCAAGUGUUUGAAGAAAGUCCCCGGUGAGAAAAAUGUGGUGAGUGAUGGCGAGCCUUAUGUUUUGACUAGGAGUACUGAGCUUCCUCCAAGAUGGGACGGGCCUUAUGGAACAGUGGUUUUGAUAAACAAACCCAAAGGUUGGACUUCAUUCACAGUUUGUGGGAAGCUUCGACGUCUGGUCAAAGUAAAAAAGGUUGGGCAUGCUGGUACUCUUGAUCCUAUGGCAACUGGAUUGUUAAUUGUAUGUGUGGGUAAAGCUACCAAGCUAGUGGAAACAUAUCAGGGUAUGGUAAAGGGUUAUAGCGGGGUUUUCCGUUUAGGAGAGGCCACAUCAACUUUGGACGCUGAUUCGCCAAUCAUCCAGCGUGAACCUUGGGAGCACAUCAAGGAUGGAGAUAUAAAGAGAACUGCGGCGUCCUUUCUUGGAGAGAUCUGGCAAGUCCCACCAAUGUUUUCGGCCAUAAAAGUUGGUGGAGAAAAAAUGUACGAGAAAGCAAGGAGAGGAGAAACUGUUGAACUUUCACCAAGAAGGAUUUCAAUACUCAAAUUUGACAUUGAGCGCAGCCUGGAGGACAGACAAAAUCUGAUUUUUAGGGUAACGUGUUCAAAAGGGACAUACAUCCGUUCUUUGUGCGCUGAUUUUGCAAAGAACCUCGGCAGCUGCGCUCAUUUAACUGCUCUGAAGAGAGACUUAAUAGGGCAAUAUUCUGCUGAUGACGCUUGGGACUUCAAGGAUUUAGAAGAGGCCAUUGCCAAGGGAUACUUUUAGAAUUCUUCAUUUCCUCCAUGGAAGAUCCAAUCAUCAAGAACCGUUUUCUCCUAGAAAUGAGGAGUCUUUGUGCAUGUGAUUGUUUUUGCCUUGUUCUUCCUAUCACCAUGUCUAUGCAUGUGUAGAUUCAUAGAGGAGUUUUUUUCUUUUUUUGGUCUUUUGCCGUUAUAGAGGAGAUUGUACUCCAUUUAUUGAAGUUGGAC